AUGCAUCUCCUCGGCUCUUUCUCUAUCGCCUUCCUGGGCUUCUCCUCGGUUGCUUUUGCUGCAACCCAUCCCCGAGACUUCUCUCACACAGCGCGUAGCGUCUUGACAAAGAACGACAAAUGUUACAUCAACCCAAACAUCUGUGCCGAGGUCAUGAUCGGAGAUAAGGUCAACCAGCAGCUGGGCUAUGAUGGGUGCCAGAGGAUCUUAAACCCAGACAAAGUCACUGGUAUCAAGAUGUUGAACUGCGAGUGCAACUUGUACUAUUCUGUCGACUCCGGAUCCUGCAACAGUGGCGUCGAUGAGACUAUCGAUAGGCUUGGACGCUGUGACAUUGUCACGGGGAAAGAACGCCGUUGGAAGAAGCAGCCUGAUUUCUGGAGCUGCCAUAACCCUCCCGCUUGA